AUGUCCUGCCUUCCUCUUCGUCUUCGCUUGGUCUUCGCUUCGUCUUCGACUCUUCGUCUUCGUCUGACUGUCAAUCUUCGUCUGACGGAAAUGUCAAGUAAUUCAAGUUCACCUUGUUCGAAAAAGUCAAAAGCAAAGGGAAGACAACCCGAUCUUCGUGAAUUAUUGUUUAAAAGAAUGAAAUCCCAACAAACAUCUAACGAAGGCAAUGAAUCUUCUCCUUUAAGUUCCCCUCUAAGUCCUCCUUUAAGUUUCCCUCCAAGUGAAGAUGUUAAUAUGGAAGUAGGUGGUUCAAGUAGUUGUGAUGAACCAUUGGAUGAUGAAUGGGUGUAUGAUGUUGAACUUCUUCCUCAUGACCCGGGAUUGAGGAAAAACAUAAUGGAUUAUCCCCCUAAUGAAAGAAAUCCGAGGGAUGUUGAAAUUAACAAGGGGGGUGAUGCAUUUGUUGUCGGAGGGUUUAGAGCGUGGAGUAAACCUGAUAGGCUUGAGAAGCAUGUUGGAGGAAUUAAAAGUGCUCAUAAUAUUGCUUAUGAGAAAUAUGUGAAUCUAAGAGAUGCAAAGAAGACAUCAAUUGAAUUUGUAUUUGAUAAUGCGAGUGAGGUUCAAAUGAAUGAAUAUCAUAUUCGUUUAAAUGCAUCCUUAACUUGUUUGAGAUUUCUUUUGGGCCAAGGUUUGGCAUUCCGGGGACAUGAUGAAAGUGAGGAGUCAUAUAGUAGAGACAUUAUCACUUGUUGUGCAAAAGAGACUACUAAGCGCAUAAUAGAAGAGGUUGGUGAUGGUUACUUUUCUAUUUUGGCCGAUGAAUCAAGUGAUGUGUCUCAAAAAGAACAACUAGCUCUUGUUUUGCGGUUUGUUAAUAGAGAAAAUGGAUCGGUAGUGGAACACUUUUUAGGCAUUCUACAUGUGGGUGAUACUACCGCUUUGUCUCUUAAAAAUGCCAUUAUGUCCUUGCUUAUGGAACAUUCAUUGAGUCCUUCCAUGAUAAGAGGUCAAGGGUAUGAUGGGGCAAGUAACAUGAGGGGUGAAAUCAAUGGCCUCAAGACUUUGAUUAUGAAUGAUAGUCCAAGAGCCUAUUACAUUCAUUGUUUUGCUCAUCAACUUCAACUAACUCUAGUUGCGGUUGCUAAAAAGAAUGUUAAUUGUACUUGGCUUUUUGACGUACUUGCAAACUUGUUAAAUGUGGUGGGAGCUUCUUGUAAGAGAAGAGACCUUAUUCGAAAAAACCAAGCUCAAGUAGUGGCUCAAGCUUUGGAAGUGGGGGAAAUUGAAAGUGGAUCGGGUUUGAAUCAAGAACGUGGUUUGAGUAGGCCGGGAGAUACACGUUGGGGAUCUCAUUACAAGUGUCUAAUAAGUAUCAUCAACUUGUUUCCUUCAAUUGUUAAAGUGCUUGAGGAGAUUGGAGAAAAUGGCUCUCCGGAUGAUAAGCUCAAAGCUCAAGUUGUUUUAGGAUCUUUGGAGUCCUUUGAUUUUAUUUUUAUGGCUCAUUUCAUGUUGACUAUUUUUGGCUACAUUAAUGAUUUAUGUGUUGCUUUACAAAGAAAGGAACAAGAUAUUGUGAAUGCCAUUAGCCUUGUUAAAAGUACAACGAAUGUGUUGCAAAAGAUGAGGGAUCAAGGAUGGGAUAGUCUCUUAGACAAAGUCAUUUUAUUUUGUACUAAACAUGAGAUUGAUGUUCCAUCUAUGGAUGCUCAAUAUGUACCUCAAGGAAGAUCAAGACGUUUUGCUAAACAAGCAACAAAUCUACAUCAUUUUCGGGUUGCAAUCUUUUUGGAAGUAAUUGAUUUGCAUCUUCAAGAGAUUGAUAACCGUUUUAAUGAGAAGAACAUGGAGUUACUUACAUGCAUGGCUUCCCUGAGUCCUAGAGGUAACUUUUCAUCUUUUGAUAAAGAGAGGAUACUUAAACUUGCUUCUUUAUAUCCCGAAGAGUUUUCAUGUUUUGAUUUAACGGCUCUUGAUCUUCAACUUGAUGUCUUCUUGGAUUCUAUGCAAAAUGAUGAAAGAUUUCAUGAUUUGCAAGAUAUCAAUUCUCUUUCCAUGAUGCUUGUUAAAACAAGGAGACAUGAGACUUUUCCUCUUAUACAUUUGCUAAUCAAGUUGAUGUUGAUUCUUCCUACCUUCUCCUUCCUCUUCUCUCCGGCAGCUUCUUCUGUUCUCCUUCAUCUUCUCUGCGGCACCAAGCAUGUGAACCUUUCAAUUUUAGUAUGCUUAACUCAAUACUUCGAUGUGUUUUGUGAGGUGGAUGUCAACAAGAGUUUAUUUAAGUAUUUGCUGUUUAUCGGCUAUUAUAAGUACUUACCACCAAAAAGGAGUAGGGUAAGACCAACGAAAAAGCACAUAAGGAAAGCAAAAGUGAAUGUAACGACUUGA